AUGGUCGGAAAGCCCAGAUCUUGUACAGCCUGCCGGCAAGCUAAGAUAGCAUGUGAUGCUCGUCUGACGGCUCCAAAUCCGUGCUCGAGAUGCACCAGGAACGACUUGGACUGCAGCUUUGCGAAGAACUUCAAGAGGGUAUCAACUAGGCGGUACGGUGGACCCCUCUUCGACCGGCUUUACUGCGAAUACUCAUCGAGACAAUUUAGACUCACCCGAGACAUUGUAAAGGAGAUCCAUAUGGUGCGAGAUUCGCAGAAUCUCGCCGACGAGAGUCCUUUGCCAUCAAACCUUCUGUCAACGGCUCCGUCAGGAGCUCGCUCCGCGUUUGCACUGUCGGCUGACCUGGAAGUGGAACCUUUGCCCAACUUUGAGCUGCGGAGUGUUUCCAUCCCUCCAGGGGCCGCAGUUGAAUUACUCCAGCAGUAUGCUAUUCAUGUUCGUAAAUGUCUCGCAGCUACGGAUACUGAUCUAUUUCUAAGCUUUGAGAGAUAUUAUUUCCCCUAUGCAACCUUUAUAAGGCCCAUAAAAUCACUCGCUCGAUUCGUUAUGGACUCGCCACUACUAUUCUGGACGAUGAUCUUGAUGGCCUCUCAGCAUCAUGACAAGUACAGCCAUUUAUAUCAAAACCUAUUCGUCUCUCACCAAGAUUUACUGGUGCCUCUUUCCAAUACAGCCAUCCGAUCAUUGGAGGAUGUCCAUGCCAUCUUACUUCUAUGCAUUUGGCCUAUUCCGAAGCGGCGGAUCUUGCACGAUCCAUCAUGGGCCUAUAUCGGCAUCGCAGUCAACAGUUGCAUGGUCCUGAAUUGCCAUACGCCGCUGGCGCAGAAACAGACUGCCCCUAAAGGGACAGACCUGUCUGGAAUCGUUGAUGCCCAGACACAAUGUCUGACUUGGUUAGCUUGUUUCAGUGUCGGGACCCAGAUAGCCAUCUUCCGUGGCUUUGUACCUCCUAUUUCAUCGUUCCACCAGCUCAAGCAUGUAAGGAAGGCCAUUGAUCAACUUAAGCACCGCUUGUCGCAAGAAAAUCAAGCUUGCUUUGCCAUCUGCGAAAUCGUGUGCAACUACACUAUAUCUCUUGAGGAUGUGAAGGAUCCAAUAGCACAUCUAUCUCUCACAAACACGUUCGACAGCUCCCUUGAUAGUAUCAAGCAAACGUUCUUGACUCAGUGGACCUCCGAGCUUGGUAUUCAGCUACAUAUGGCCAAAUUGAAUCUUUACGCAACAUCCGCCUUGUUACAUUUACAAGUGGAUUCUCAAGCGGAUGGUCAAAAUCUCAUCAACAGAGAGACAGUGUUCCUACGCGGGCUAGAAUCAGCGACGACAGUCAUACACUAUAUGAAGAACAUAGCCUCUAUACAAGGCUCCGAGGACCAACCUCCCGCUGGCAAGCUCCCAUUCGUUCCCAUCCACUUGUUCUCCAGCCUGUUCUUCUCCGCAAUCUUCCUCUUCCGUAUCUUUGUCUGUCUCAAGCCACUGAGCCCUGCUCACACAGAACGCGCCAUCCAGGGCAUGAUCGACGCGCGAUCGAUCCUACAAGUUUUGCCCUACCAUCGCAGCCUCGCGAGGGCCGCAAGGCUGAUCGGUAAGCUCGUCGAAAAUGCGCAGACCUUAGGCGCUGCCAGUGGCCACUGGUCAUUGACGGAGCUCACCGUGACGAAUCGUCUUGGUGCAUCGAUCUUGUGGGAUACUUUUGCGCGCAUGCAGGCGAAGGCAACCCUUGAGCGCAAGAACGCCAUAGGGGACCUUGUCGAUACGCAGAAGAUGCGGCUGAUUGGGCGCGAUCCGCUACCACCGGCCCCGGAGAUGAAGUAUCGUCUUCAAAAUUCCGCUGGGGAACCGUUGGUUGCAAUGACAGCUAUAGAAGAUCAGGAAAUGGAUCUUUGGGGAUCUUGGAGCGUCGGGUUGGACGAUUUUGGGUUCGAUUUUGAUCAGCACAGGCUUUGA